AUGCCAUCGGUGCCUUUCAAGAAGUGCUCCGUGUGUGGGGGUAAGAUUCCCGGCCAGGAUCCCCAUUCAGCCUGCCUUUUCUGCUUAGGGGAGACUCACGUUCCGGCCUCUUGCGCCUUGUGCAAGUCCCUCACCCCCCAAGCGAGGAAAAAUCGGGAAACCAGACUAAAGGCCGCGAUUUACACCAAGGUCUUUACCGCGGGGGCAAUGUCUUCUGUAGGAGCCUCGUCCUCUACCGCGACCCCCCUGCCCACACUUGCGGAGGCCCCAUCUCAGUCGCCGACGACCCACGCUGUCGAGGUCCCAACUGAGCUCCAGGGCCCAUCCGAAGAGGUCUCCCGGCCCCCGAAGAAAGACAAAAAGGAUAAGCAUAAGAAGACCUCCAAGGAGGGCCGGGAUGUUGAAAGGGAUUCGAGCGCCCAUAAGGGGUCCGCCUCGAAGUCCUCUGCCCCGAAGGUACCCACUUCCUCUACCUCGAAGUCGGGCUCUACCUCGAGGCCUCCGUCUGCAAAACCACUGACGCCUUCGGCUGGAGGAAAGUCCACAACGCAGACGGGAACCCCUUCCUCAUCUAAGAGACCUCGCUCCUCCUCUCUAGAUGGGGGCCAUCAUCCAUCCAAACGACGCCAGUCCUUGGAGCGCGACCGGGAGGGCUCUCCCCGUGUCAUUUCAGACAUAGUCCAUAGCCGCUCGGACACCGACCGUAGACCGUCGGAUACCGAUUCGCGCCCAUCAGACCCGCGCCUGGCAAAAAAGAAAUCCUCAUCUUCCAGGCCCUACGACACCAGUGCCAGCCGCCCCGAUCGCCCUCUCGAUCUGACGUCGGAGCCCAGGCCUUUGCCUACCUUCCGUCAUACCUCGGAAGAGGCCACCCAGCUCCUCGCCGAACCUGCUUCCCCGGCUGCCUCCUGGGAUGGACGCCGCUCUCCCACCCCGAUGCCCACCCGUACGCGUCGACUUGUCUCGCCAUCUCCGCCUAGAGAACCGGAGCCUGAAUAUUAUUACGACUCCGAGACCGGCAG